ACUUGCUCCGCCUACACUUCCUAUUGGGAUUUUUUUUUUUUUAUUGCAUCCAUUUUUGUGCAUUUAAGAAAUCUCCAAGAAUUAGGAAUCGAGAGAGGAGAGCAAGGAAGAGAGAGGAGGAAGGAACCAAGGAAAAAAGGACAAGACACGUUUAUUGCAAAUAUCCUAUGACAGCAAUGGGUUAGAAAGGAUUUAACAUGAUUUCAAAAUAAAAAGGCAAACAGCUGAUUUUAUAUUCUUCUGCACAUGCAUAAAUGGAUGGAGAGACAGAAUUAUGAGUGGAAUACUUGCAGCCGGUGGGACUGAUUGCAAUUUCUCCGCAACUCAGAUGGGCUUUUUAUUCAUUUGUUCUUCCCUUUUAAAGUCUCUGAGCCAGGAAUCGUGGUGUUUUGAGGAUCCAUUGUGUGAAUCUUGCAGUCCAGCUGGCUUUUGGCCGUUGUCCUCCCGGUUGCUGGUGAUUACAAAAGAUGUCUUCUCCUGUAUAGUAUUGAUGUGACCCAAAGGAGGCUUUUAUCAUUUAUCUUGCCUCCUUCGCUUGUGAAAGACACGGCAAGUUUUGGGGGUUAGUUUUUAUUGAAAAUUGUAUAUCUUUCUUUAUUCAAAGUCCCUGUUGCGUUGCCUUUUUUUGUUCACCUUUUUAUAUUAUAUAUUUUUUAAAAAAAUACUAAAGAUGUCUUCUCCAUACCAGUAUCGAAGUGUUUAAAUUCGCCACUCCUCCUUUUACCAAUCUAGUAACUGAGGAAUCUGAAUCUAUAACUUUUAGAUUUCAGUAUAUUAUAUAUAGUUUCCCGCAAUUAAGUCAGUUUGCUGCUGGUUGUUGAUCUUUUUAGCAAUUAUAUCUAAACAUGUCUGCUCCACUUGGGCCCCGGGGCGGCUCUGCACCUCCUCCCCCUGCUGUCCUGCCAGAGGUGCCGGACCUCAGCCACCUUACCGAGGAGGAGAGAAAGAUCAUCCUCGCCGUCAUGGACCGACAGAAACAAGAAGAAGAAAAGGAGCAAUCCAUGCUGAAGGUCAAAGAAGAAACAAAACCUCAGCCGCCACAGUGGUUUCCCUUUAGUGGGAUCACUGAACUGGUAAAUAACGUUCUUCAGCCCCAGCAAAACCCGCAAAAUGAAAAGGAGCCUGAGACGAAAUUGCACCAGCAGUUUGAGAUGUAUAAGGAUCAAGUGAAGAAGAUGGGUGAAGAAGCACCAGGGGCGCAGGAGCAGAAGGGGGACGCCCCCACCUGUGGGAUCUGCCACAAAACCAAGUUUGCCGACGGCUGUGGCCACCUCUGUUCAUAUUGCCAAACUAAAUUCUGUGCUCGUUGCGGAGGACGGGUGUCUCUGCGGUCAAAUAAGCAGGAAGACAAAGUGGUAAUGUGGGUAUGCAACUUGUGCCGAAAACAACAAGAAAUCCUCACAAAAUCAGGAGCCUGGUUCUACACCGUUGGUUCAAACACGCCACAGCAACUGGACCCCAGUGAACUCACAAGGGGGCCCCGAAACGAAGAAGCACCUCAGGAGAAGAAGGCAAAACUGCAGGAUCCAUCCCAGUACCAGGGACCCUCAGGGGACAUUUCCACACCAGCGUCAGACAAAAACAGACCUCAAGGACUUACGCGGCAAGACUCACUCAAAAACGGUUCUGGGGGGAAGCAUUCGGGUCCAGGUGCAGGCGACACUCUGAUUGCCAGGAAAAGAAGCCCAUCAGCAUCCAGAGAUCCAAACCAAAAAUACGACCAAAGGGAGGAGCGGGGUGACCGUUCACAGUAUGCCCCAUCGGACAGUGGGAUGCCGAGGUCACCAUCAGACUACGGGGAGCGGGAGCAGCGGAGGCCACAGCGGGGUUCACGGAUGUACGAGGAUGCGGACACCGCGCGGGGGGAGUACCGGGAUCGGCGUAGUCGCCGGCACUCGCAGGAGUACCCUCUAGAUGAGGACCUGGAUGGCCAGCUAAGCGAAUAUGAGAGGCAGCGGCAGCGGGAAGAGGAGUACCAGGCCCGCUACCGCAGCGACCCCAAUCUGGCCCGCUACCCAGUCAAGCCCCAGCCCUAUGAGGAGCAGAUGCGCAUGCACGCCGAGGUGUCCCGUGCUCGGCAUGAGCGGCGGCACAGUGACGUCUCGCUGGCUUACACAGAGUUGGAUGAACCCCAGGUGUCCGUGAUGCGAGGGGAACGCCAGUCUCGGCAGCGCUCCACCUCCGAGAGGCGGGUACCCAUGGAGAGCCAGCGUUCCUACUCCAUGGAGAGAACUCGAGAGGUUCAGGGCUCUGGCCCCCACGACCGGCAACGGACCUCAAAUCACAGCCCUCCUACUCCCCACCGGAGCCCUGUGCUAGGGGAGAGGCAAGGGGACAUGCGGCGAGGGGGAGGGGGAGACCCUAUGCGUAUGCAGCAGCAGCACCACCUGGAUCCCAGCUCGGCGGUGCGGAAGACCAAGCGUGAGAAGAUGGAGACCAUGUUGCGCAAUGACUCGCUCAGCUCUGACCAGUCUGAGUCCAUCCGGCCACCGCCGCCAAAGCCACACAAAACAAAAAAGGGAGGCAAGAUGCGGCAGGUCUCGCUGAGCAGCUCUGAGGAGGAGCUGGCCACCACCCCAGAGUACACCAGCUGUGACGACGUGGAGAUAGAGAGUGAGUCAGUCAGUGAGAAAGGGGACAGUCAAAGGGGAAAAAGAAAAACUAGUGAGCAGGCAGUUUUGUCGGACUCAAACAUCUUAUCUGAGAGACAAAAGACAAUGGUGCGCUUUGGGGGCCAUUCUUUGGAAGAGGACUUGGAAUGGUCUGAGCCUCAGAUUAAAGACUCUGGGGUAGAUACGUGCAGUAGUACAACCCUUAACGAGGAGCAUAGCAAUAGUGAGAAGCACCCUGUGACAUGGCAACCAUCCAAAGAUGGAGAUCGCCUAAUAGGGCGGAUUUUACUAAACAAGCGGCUAAAGGAUGGAAGUGUGCCAAGAGACUCUGGAGCAUUACUUGGGCUGAAGGUUGUGGGUGGAAAGAUGACUGAAUCUGGUAGACUUUGUGCAUUUAUUACAAAAGUAAAGAAAGGAAGUCUAGCUGAUACAGUUGGCCACCUUCGACCAGGUGAUCAGGUAUUAGAAUGGAAUGGGAGGCAUUUACAAGGAGCUACUUUUAAGGAAGUUUACAAUAUAAUUCUGGAAUCUAAGCCAGAACCACAGGUGGAACUUGUAGUCUCAAGGCCCAUUGGAGAUAUUCCCCGGAUACCAGACAGCACACAUGCACAACUGGAAUCAAGCUCGAGUUCUUUUGAAUCCCAGAAAAUGGAUCGCCCCUCUAUCUCAGUCACUUCUCCCAUGAGCCCUGGCAUGCUACGGGAUGCUCCCCAAUACCUGUCUGGACAACUCUCAAGCCAAAGCCUUAGUAGAAGAUCAGCGCCUUUUGUUCCUAGGGUUCAGAUAAAACUCUGGUAUGACAAGGUUGGUCACCAGCUAAUUGUCACAAUACUGGGAGCAAAAGACCUUCCUUCAAGGGAAGAUGGGAGACCAAGAAACCCUUAUGUUAAAAUUUACUUCCUCCCAGACAGAAGUGAUAAGAGCAAAAGAAGAACAAAAACAGUAAAGAAAACAUUAGAGCCCAAAUGGAACCAGACAUUUAUGUAUUCCCCGGUCCAUCGGCGGGAAUUCCGGGAGCGCAUGUUGGAGAUCACACUUUGGGACCAGGCACGGGUUCGAGAAGAAGAAAGUGAAUUUUUAGGAGAGAUUCUUAUAGAACUAGAGACAGCGUUGCUGGAUGACGAGCCUCACUGGUACAAAUUGCAGACCCACGAUGUGUCCUCCAUGCCCCUUCCCCACCCCUCACCAUACCUGCCACGCAGACAGCUGCACGGGGAGAGUCCCACGCGGAGAUUGCAAAAUAAAGGCCCAUAUUCAUACAACUCAGGAUCCCAGCGAAUCAGUGACAGUGAAAUAUCUGACUAUGACUGCGAUGAUGGAGUUGGAGUUGUAUCAGAUUACAGGCACAAUGGCAGAGACAUCCAGAGCUCAACAUUAUCAGUUCCCGAGCAGGUGAUGUCGUCCAAUCACUGUUCCCGCUCUGGGUCACCCAAUCGAAGGGACAGUAUGGGCAGGACACGGGCGCGAUCCCCCAGUGUCCCUCCUCCGCAGAGCCGGAGCUUGGACCAACCAUCUCGAGGUUCCCACUCUUCUCCGUCGCAGUACAACACAGUGAGCCGAAUGGAUAAACAUCGCACGGAUGAGCACUACUCCCCAGACAGCCAGUAUCUCACUCUACCUCGGUCCAGACACAGUCAGCCCAUUGAGCAUCAUCACAAGGAACCCAGCAACAACCAUAUCAUGUACCCCAUCUAUUGUGACGAUGUAGUCAGGUUACUACGUUCCCAAAAGAUGUGCCGUACAUAUUCUGAGGGUGCUUACAAUGAUCUUGAGAGGAGGAUUAGGCAGAAAAGGAGAGUGCCUAAUCUGUAUGAUGACUCUGCCCAUUCCCCUGAAAGAUGGUACAAUGGCCCUAGUUCAUGGUCAAAUCAUGUAGUGAAUGGUACAUCUGAGGACUUCAGCAGAACAGCAUGUCCAAGGAUAGAAAUCCAGCAGCCUUCUACAGACACUGACAGGAGUGAGACAGUGGAUGUUGUGCCAGACUUAGCUUCUCAUUCUGAAGCCGAACCCCAUGAUCCUGAAGAAGAUAUGAGGAAUUACGAAGCCCUGGAUAGACAUGAAUAUACACGGUCCAGAUCCGCAGAUCAGCGCCCAGUGCUCGAGCGGACUAACUCCCGCUCCCGGUCCACCGAGCGCCCCGACUCUAACCUCAUGAGGUCGAUGCCGUCUUUAACAUCAGGAAGAUCUGCCCCUCCCUCACCUGCCUUAACGAGGUCACACCCUCGUAGCGAAUCCGUCCAAACCAGCCCUACAAGUACCCCCUUGACUGGACGCAGAGGUCGACAGCUGCCACAGCUUCCACCAAAGGGGACGCUAGAAAGAAAAAAUGGAGACGAAGGAUUAGAGCCUUAUGAAGAAGAAACAGGGGAAGAGAAUGAGCAAACUGAACACCAGGGGUCAGAGGUCGAGGCAGAUUAUGAGGAGAAACCUCAAUGUCUGCCUGUUAAUGGGAGAAAAGAAGUGACCUGGGAAGACCAGCAGAGAAAGGUGAAUGGUACGGUAACUGAUGACAGGACGAAACAGAAACACCAGUCUGAGCCAGAAGAGAUGGAUUCGCCCAGGCAGUGGAACUCAGAGGGGAAUGAAGCAGAGCCAGAGAAUGGGGAUGCAGGUGCUAUGGAUGUGGAGGAGAAGACUCGCCAAAUGAAACUGAAAAUGAACAAAUUCAAACAGGUGGCAGGAUCAGACUCCAGGCUGGAACAGGACUAUCAAUCCAAGCAUCGGUCAGGCCGGGAUCCACAAAGAGGCUCUGACAACGUGUCCACUAAGUCUUCGGACAGUGACGUGAGCGAUGUGUCCGCUGUGUCGAGGACCAGUAGUGCUUCUCGGUUCAGCAGCACAAGCUACAUGUCUGUCCAGUCCGAGCGGCCUAGAGGAAACAAGAAGAUCAGUGACUUUACGUCCAAAAUGAAAAACAGGCAGAUGGGAGCCCCGGGAAAGAACAUGACGAAAAGCACCAGCAUCGGCGGCGACAUGUACAGCCUGGAGAAGAACGACGGCAGCCAGUCCGACACUGCGGUGGGCACCGUGGGCACUGUGGGCAAAAAGAGGCGCUCCAGCAUAGGUGCCAAAAUGGUGGCGAUCGUGGGGCUCUCGCGAAAAAGCCGCAGUACCUCGCAACUCAGCCAAACAGAAGCGGGAGGGAAAAAACUGCGCAGUACCAUCCAGAGGAGUACGGAAACAGGCUUGGCAGUAGAAAUGAGAAAUCGGAUGACUCGGCAAGCAAGUCGAGAAUCAACCGAUGGAAGCAUGAACAGCUACAGCUCAGAGGGAAACCUCAUUUUCCCAGGUGUACGAUUGGCAUCAGACAGUCAGUUUAGUGAUUUUCUAGAUGGCCUUGGUCCAGCUCAGCUUGUUGGGCGCCAGUCGCUGGCAACCCCUUCUAUGGGUGACAUCCAGAUCGGGAUGAUGGACAAAAAGGGACAGCUAGAGGUGGAAGUAAUCAGAGCCCGUGGCCUUGUUGGGAAACCAGGUUCAAAGGCACUGCCAGCUCCCUAUGCUAAGGUAUAUCUACUGGACAACGGACUCUGUAUAGCCAAAAAGAAAACAAAAGUAGCAAGAAAAACUCUGGAUCCCCUCUACCAGCAGCAGCUGUCAUUUGAGGAAAGCCCAACUGGAAAAGUCCUACAAAUUAUUGUAUGGGGCGACUAUGGACGCAUGGACCAUAAAUCCUUUAUGGGAGCUGCACAGAUACUUUUAGAUGAGCUUGACCUAUCCAACAUGGUGAUUGGCUGGUUCAAGCUCUUCCCCCCCUCCUCACUGGUGGACCCAACCUUGGCACCUCUGACUAGAAGAGCUUCCCAGUCAUCACUUGACAGUUCAACUGGACCUUAUGCUCGCUCAUAGCAGCCUGGAAACAAAGUGUUGUCAUAGCAACCCGCAUCCAAGUUAACAGUCUUAACAGGUCACAAGCCCUGGUUACACUGCAUGCUUAAUGUUGUGUCUUCUGAGCCCGUUUCUAAGGAUGCAAAAGUGGUCCUGUGUUUUCAGAGAAAGUCGCACACAUUGUGCGCCAAGAAGGCCCUCUGGGGUAAACAGGCGGAAGCUGUGAAGAACUUAUACGCUUGGAGUUCAGUGACACUAGGUUUUCAUCCAAUCUGAAGUCAUGGAAAAAAAAAAACAACUGAGAACCAAUUGAUGAAUUCAAUAGAAGUCCUUUUUUAAAUGUCAUAUCUUUUUGUUGUUGCACCCAAUUGGGUCACGUGAUUCUCCUGACCAGAAGCUUGGUUACGCCACGCCAAUAAAGCCAGCUAUGGAAGAAGACUCUGAGGACAAUGACAGGGGGUUGGUAAAAUCUUUCCAGUUGCCCUGUACCCUCUUCCUCAAGAUACGCAUUCUGUACUGAGAGACUAUUUUCAGAAUUAAUGGCAAUACAGAUGUGGCAACCAUUGAAUCUCUAGAAUCUUUACACCAGAACCCAAAACAAGAUGAACUUUGUGAUCUAAUAUAGUAAUUUCUCUGUUAAUAUAUUGUAUGAAAUAAAAAAAUUAAAAAAAAAGAUUUUU